AUGGACUGGGUGGACAUGCUUUUGGGUCCUUCAAACAACGAGGUGGCCACUACAUGUGGCUUCAAGAGACUCUCGAGUCUGAUCUCGUCAAGAUUCGAGAGUUUGGACAGCACAUCCGACCAAGGAUCCUUAUUUACGGCUACGAUGCUCGUGUUGAUAAGAGCCAGACCUUCCAGAGCAUGGAAGACCUGGCAAUUGAACUCAGAAUGCAGCUUCAAGGGAUACGGCAAAGACAUCCAACUAGACCUCUCAUCUUCAUCGGCCAUAGCCUGGGCGGUUUAUUGA